AUGCUUUUCAGAUUCCUGAACAAAGCGGAAAAGAUUGCUCAAUUCAAUAUCUUUGUUGCUUUCUCCUCCAUUGCUCAGCAAAACCAGGUUUCAAGGUCCAAACUUUCUACUGUAUACAGUACACUGAGAUGUUUUCAGAGUAGUAGAUUCGUCUGUGGGGAUAAAUCUUCUUCGAGAGAACAUUGGUCUCAAUCACCCACACGGGUUUUCGGGAACCGGGUCUCGAGAGCUAUGAAGAACGAAGCUCAAAAGGCUCUCUUUGAUUACCUGCAUAAUACAAGAACGCUUAGCUUUGGUGACGCAGAGCAUAUAAGUAAGAAUUCCCCACGUUUUAUCAUCUCUUUGUUGUCCAAGAUUGAUACUUGGAAUCGGAAGGAGGAGAUAUCUCACUCGUUGACUAAGUUUCUAAGGUACAAUCCCAUCAACGAGUUCGAACCAUUUUACGAGAGUUUGGGUUUGUGUCCACCUGAGAUCUCUAGCUUUCUUCAACGGGACAAGGUGCUUUUGAGUGAUGACAGUCUCAUGUUUGAGAAUUUCCAUGUUCUUUGCUAUUAUGGGAUCCCUCGUAGCAAGAUUGGCCGUGUGUAUAAAGAAGCAAGAGAGGUUUUCGGAUACGAGAAUGGGGUUAUGGCAUCGAAACUUGAAGCUUAUGAGAGUUUAGGUGUUACAAAGCCUGUGGUCAUUAAGCUUGUAACUUGUUGCCCGUCGCUUCUUGUUGGUGGUAUUGAUAGUGAGUUUGUUGCUGUGGUUGAUAAGUUGAAGGAUUUGAACUUAGGAUGUGAUUGGCUUGGGAGGAAUUUGUCAGAUAGAAAAACAUAUAACUGGGGACGGAUUCUUGAGACGAUGGAGCUUCUUGAAGAGGUGGGAUGUAAAGAGGAGAAGUUAUGUAGUGUUUUGAGAACAUAUCCAGAUUUGGUGGGUGAAACUUCUGGGAAUGAAGCUUGUGUUAUGUUUGAUAAGCUGCGUAAAGUGGGAUUUGAGAUGAAUGAGAUCGACAGAUUAGUGGUAGACCAUCCGGAGAUGUUAUUAGAAAAAUCUUUACAAAGAGUCUUGGAGGUUUUGAAGUUCUUUAUACGUAUCAGAAUGGAUAAGCAGUUUAUCGUUGGGUUUGUAAAGGGUUACAUGAAGCUGAUCUGUUCAUCAUCCCCUCUGCUAGGAUCUAAAGCUGUUUUGAAUAGAUUGAAAAUCGGAAGAGAAGAGUUGUGUAGGAUCAUAAAAGAAGAGCCUUUGAGAUUGUUCAGUUUAGCUUCUAAAAGAAAAGCUAGAGGUGUUAAGCUUGACUCAUUGGAUUUGAGGAACGCAGAGAAGACGGCGUUCUUGUUGAGGCUAGGGUAUGUAGAGAACUCCGAUGAGAUGGUGAUUGCUCAGAAGAAGUUCCAAGGGAGAGGAGAUGAGCUACAAGAGAGAUUUGAUUGCCUUGUGAAAGCUGGUUUGGACUAUAAUGUGGUUACCAAGGUUGUUAAGCGAGCUCCUCAUAUACUCAGCCGUCCUAAAGAUGUCAUAGAGAAGAAGAUCAGUCUACUAACAGAUUAUUUGGGUUACCCAAUUGAAUCUCUUGUUGAGUCCCCAACAUAUUUGUGUUAUAGUGUGGAGAGAAUACAUAAGAGGUUCUCAAUGUAUAUUUGGUUGAGGGAAAGAAGUGAGGCAGUGACGCUGAGGCUGACACUAGGCACUAUUGUGGGUGUUUCUAAUCCCCGGUUUGUGGCAUACUUUGUCAUUACCCACCCUGAAGGUCCAGCUACUUGGGAAAGGAUAAAGAAUGCAUCUACCUGA